CCACUAAUAGAGAAACUGCUACUACCCGAAUAUAAUGUUCCUAAAAAAAGCAGGCAACCAACUCGAGAAUUUGUAUCAAAAGUGUUAAAGAGAUAACCCAUUUAUAAACUUUAUAAACAUUGCUGCCCUCUAAGUAUUUUUCGAAAUUCAUUAAGAAAAUAUAAAGUUUAAUACAGAAACUAAACAGUGGUGUAUCUGAUUCCGAUAUACAAAGUUCAACAGAUAGUUCCAAAAAUGGCUGUAUCGUCAGAAAGCGUAAUAAGUCCUGGCCUGAAUGAUCCAGUAACCAAAGCAGUAGUAGAUAAUAUAAUGGGAAAUUUACCUACAAAGAAACCCCCUGUUCGAUGUGAUGAUUGUGAUCUUUCAUUUACCAGUCAAACAGUAUUAGAUACACAUUUACAAGGAGCGCGUCAUGCUAAACAGAUUAGAUCCAAAAAUAUAAUGGCAUCUCUUGAAGAAACCAAAGUAGCAUUUACAAAAGACGAAGAAACAAAUGGAUUGAAAUGCAAUGUGUGUAAUGUGUGUCUAAACUCAAUACAACAACUUCAAACACAUUUAAAUGGUAUAUUACAAAGGAGCCGGCACAAAAAGAAAGCUAUGAGAGGUGGGUGGACUGACAAAGAUGUUGGCAGUUCAGUGACAUCUGCAACUAUGAAUAUCCAAGAAAACACUGUGUCUAAAGGCGUAUCGCUUUCAUGCAGCAUGUGUAAUAAAAUCUUCAAUUCUCAGAUGCAAUACAAUGUGCAUAUAACAUCGAAAAAGCAUACUGGUAAAUUAAAACAAGCUAGGACUCAAAAGAAAAAAAGAUUUUUGCCAUAUUGGAAAAAACCUAAGCCUGGUGUAAAUCCUAAGAAUUUCGUUCAAUCGCUAUCGAACAAUUUUGUACCAGGGGGUUUCACGAAUCAGACAUAGGAAAAUAACGUAAUAAGAUGAAUAUCUCUAUUUUAAUACUCAUAUGAAUUAUUUAAGUACAUGUUUUAUUCUUUCCAAGAAGAAUAAUUCAUUCCAAGUAGGAUCAUGAUUCUUUAAACGUCGAAAUUAAUUUGAUACUUAAAUUUUGAACAUUAAGUGACAUUCACAUAUACGAAUAAGUAAAUACACAAUGUUAUAUAUAAUUUUGUAAUUCACGACCAUUGGAGGCUCUGCCACGUUAAGAUAUAAACUUUUCUCUUUGCACUAUUUCUUCAGGAUAUAAUAUAAAUAUACAUAUAAUUGAAACACAAUUAGUUCAAUUGGAAAUCACAUGUAAAUUUUUGUCAGAUGUAUUUAAUAAUUAAGGAAAGUUUUAAAAACAAAUUGUACAAAGUGCCGAUGUUGCAUUAAAAACUAAGAUACGUUUGAAAGAUUGACAUUGUAUUUGAUAUUAGAUAAAAUAGCGCAAGAAGGUACCGAUGUAAUGUAUGAAUGUAUAUAUGUUCAUUUAAAAAUGAAUGGAAAAAUAUAUAAUGUUGUAAGUAAUAAUAA